AUGCAGGAAAUCCUUGUUAUCGGCGGCACUGGUGCUCAGGGCCUACCCGUGGUUCACUCUCUGUCCGGUAGUGGACGUUGGUCCGUUCGAGUACUCACUCGCAAUGAGAAUUCGGAGCGCGCUCAGCAAUUGGCCAAAUUGCCCAACGUCACCCUGAUUCAAGGCCAACAAGACAACCAGAAGGAUCUUCACCGCGCCUUCAAAGGGGUCUAUGGAGCAUGGGUCAACACGAAUGGAUUCACCAAUGGCGAGAAGAACGAGCUCUUCUAUGGUAUCAGAGCAUAUGAGAUUGCAAGACACGAGGGCGUCAAGCACUACGUCUAUGCCUCCACAGAUUAUGCAGUCAAAGACUGUGACUGGAACGAGAAUUACCACUGGGGUCACAACGAUGCCAAAGGCAGAGUCGCUGAUUUCAUCCUCGCCCAGGAUCAAAAGGGAAUGAAGGCAUCCUCCAUUGUUACCGGUCCGUCUAUGGAUAUGUUGUUUGAUGGCAUGUUCACACCUGCAGAGCAGGAAGAUGGAUCAUUUCUAUGGGCAAAUUCAGGAAAAGAGGGCGAAAUUCCUCUGAUCGCACUCGAAGACGUGGGUCCCUUUUCGAUGUGGAUGUUCAACAACCCCGCCGAAUCAGCCGGCCUGUUAUUGAAAGUCGCAACAGACGAAGUCAGCUUCGCAGACAUCGCACGUACCUUCACCGAAGUGAGCGGAAAGAAGGGUGUCCACCAGUUCGUGGAGAUCUCCAAAUUCGUCAAGGCACGCGAGCCAUUCCCGGGCGCCAUGGCCAAUUUUGCAGCAGGUCCACAGGAGGGUCCUUAA